AUGCCUUUGCUGUGUGUGACACUGCGGAAUAUUUUCACUCUCAUCAAUGAGACUCUCAACAGUAUUGGUUUAGGUGACACGGUGAGGUCACAUGACAUCAUCAACAUCCAUGAGGGAGCAAAAGGACUAGGAUACGGCAUUUCAAAACCAGAGGAAUUGGAAUUCAUUAAAACAGUAGCCCAGCAGACUAGUAUUUUGCUUGACCACACAUACACUGGUAAAUCAGCACUAGCACUGACCAACGAGCUCAGGAAACACAGGUCAAAGUUCAAAGGCAGCCGAAUACUCUUUCUACAUUCAGGUGGAAUAUUUAGCAUGUUUGAUGGGCGGCUAGAAGAUGUCCUGAUGCAGUCAGCUGGAGAAACACUGGUACAGAACUGGAUGAACCCUGAAGAUGAACCAACUAUUGUAUGAUGAUACAUUAAUCAUACAAUAGUUGUUUGAUGAUACAUUCAUGAGGCUACGCUUCAUGAAUAUCUUGUACCGCUGGAGUUGAUGUAUGAUACACAUAUGAGGGCAGGCUUCAUUCCUUUUUUUCCUUUAAAUUUUUUUUUUACAGUUUAUUGCACAUACUAUGGAUUUUGCACUGUAACACUGCAAUGCAUAUCUUGUAACACUGGAGUAUACAUGUUGAUGGAUCUACACACAUGAGGGCAGGCUUCAUGAAAUAUUGCUCAAUUGGAUGCAAAUCUUAAUAUGCUUCAAAUAGACUUGGAUGAAUAGUGUGCAGUCAAGGUGGCUGCACCAACGCCCAGUAAACAAUUUAAAUAUCAGUUGAUUUGCGUUAGGUGUUUACUAUUUAACCUGUAAGCUGGGGUAGAGAUUAGGUGCAAGACCAGGGUGUGUCCACACGCCAGUUGGCCAUGUGUCAAACAUCUUUCCUUUAUGGGUCCUCAAUUCCACCAAGUCACAGCCAACAUUUGUCCCAGGCAAUGUGUGAUGCAAUUAUACACUCCUUAAACCCAAUAAUAAAAAUUAGAUGUUAUGGUAGAAGAAAAAUGUAAUACUGUUACGGAGAAUGUUUCUUUUACUUCAGUUUUUCAUGUCUUCUAAUGCUUGUUUAAUGCAGGCCCCUGUUAUUAAUAGGAUUAUGGUCCAUGUUUAAUGUUUUAAAUUUUUAAAUAAGUAUUUUUGUAAAUUUUAUAUAAUUCGGAUUUGGAUGCAAUUUUAAUGUUAAUAAAAGAAACUGGAAAAACUGAAUCUAAA